GUCAAGAUAGAUAUUUCUGUAUUAUAAAAGUUUCUGUAAUCCCAUUCACAUUCACAAUACAAGUAUCUCUUUAUUUGACAGAGAAGCCAUGGGAAAAUCUGCUGCUCUUGUUGAGAUGCUUGUCAUCCUCAUUCUAUUUCAAAGCCUUUCAUUCAGUUGCAUUGGAGCUAAUUCAAAUGGAAGCUGUAUCAAAUAUGAAAGAGAAGCCCUUCUCAAAUUCAAGGCAGGCUUGUUGAGCAAUUCAAACUCUUUAGAAUCAUGGGUGGGAGAUGAUUGCUGCGUAUGGGAGGGAGUCAGUUGCCACAACAUAACUGGUCAUGUUAUUAAGCUUGACCUUUCCUUCCAGUUCUUAAGAGGAAAGGUUUCACCUUAUCUCGGCAACGUUUCAAACUUGCAAUAUCUUCAUCUCGGUGGCAAUGAAUUGACAACCGAUAACCUCCAUUUUGUAUCUUCUCUUUCUUCCUUGAAAUACUUGAACAUGAAGGAUGUGUCUUUCGUCGACAAGUAUGAAAAUUGGUUACAAUCAGCAAACAUGCUUCCUUCUCUGGUAGAACUAUAUUUGUCUUAUUGUGGACUUUAUAACAGUGGUCAUGUUUCACACCUCAAUCUCACAUCCCUUGAGGUUCUCAAUCUCCGUUAUAACAACUUCUAUUCCACAUUCCCCAGCUGGUUUUCUAAUAUUAGCAACAUUCAGUAUCUUGAUCUUAGAGGGAAUUAUUUUCGAGGCUCUCUCCCAAAUGAGAUUGGUAAUCUUAAUUCGCUUGCUUUCCUUUAUUUGUCUGCGAAUUCUCUGGAGGGUAGACUGCCCAAAACGUUUGGAAAGCUUUGCAAUUUGCGUGAGCUAGCCAUGGAAUCCAACAAUUUCAGUGGUGAGUUUUUUGGACUUUUUGGCAACUCACGAAGUUGCAUUCAAAAUAGUCUAGAGUAUCUGGAUCUUUUCAAUAAUUCAUUUUCUGGUAUUCUUCCAAAUGACUUGGGACAGUUUAAAUCCCUAGAGGUUCUUAAUCUUUGUAAAAAUGCUUUUUGGGGUCCAAUUCCUGUGUCAAUUGGCCAGCUUUCCAACCUAGCGCUUCUUGAUCUUUCUUACAACACUUUUCGUGGUCCAAUUCCAGUAUCAGUUGGACAGCUUUACAACCUGACAACUUUAGAUGUCCGUAAUAAUUCACUGGAUGGGAUAGUUUCCGAACUUCAUUUCUCAAAGCUUAGGAGAUUGAUGAGUUUGAGGAUGAGUAGGAAUUCAAUAGUUUUUGAUAUUGGCCCCAACUGGGUACCUCCUUUCCAACUUGUGGCGAUUUGGUUAUCAUCCUGCAAAUUAGGACCCCAGUUUCCACAAUGGCUCAAAACACAACAGUAUAUUAAAACGUUAAUGAUGUCUGAUGUAAGUAUCUCAGAUAGCGUCCCUGAUUGGUUUGGAAACAUUUCCUCCUAUUUUAGGGUAUUGGAUCUAUCGCAUAAUCAAAUUUUUGGAGCCCUACCAAAGUUGAGAAAACUCAAUGAGGGUAAUGGAUAUAGUACCAUAUUGUUAAAUUCAAACAAGUUCGAGGGUCCUAUAACUGAUUUUCCUUCUGAUGCAGUUGUAUUGGAUAUCUCCAACAACUUGCUUCAGGGCCAGAUUCCUGAGAUGAUUGGCAGGAGAAUAAUGCCACUUUUGGAAUUUUUAUUAAUCUGCAACAACCAUUUGAAUGGCACCAUUCCAGUUUCUUUAUGCAGGAUGGAGAGUUUAAGUCUUCUUGAUCUCUCAAAAAAUCAGCUGUCAGGAGGACUUCCUAAUUGUUGGAGAAAUUUGCAAGCUUUAAAACUGAUCGAUCUAUCAAAUAAUAUGCUGAGUGGCCAUGUUCCAAUUUCUUUGGGUUCCAUAAAGCAGCUCCAGUCUCUACAUUUAAAAAACAAUAGGUUGCAAGGUAAGAUCCCCAUGUCAUUCAAGAACCUCAAAGACUUGAAGUUUCUUGAUCUUAGUAUGAAUGCUUUUGCUGGUCUUUUUCCACCGGGGAUAGGUGAGAGCUUAUCUUCAUUGACAGUACUAAGCGUUCACUCCAAUAAGUUGGAAGGUGAGAUCCCUCUGCAGCUUUGCUGCCUUUCUUCUCUUCGCAUAUUGAACUUGGCAAACAAUAUGAUGGGUGGAACCAUUCCUACUUGUUUUGGAAAUUUCACAGCAAUGGUUGUUUAUGAAAAGGCAAUUGGAUAUUGGGGCCAUGGUGCUACUACUUAUACUGAAUCUGAAAAUGGAGGCAUUUAUGAUGACAAGCUUUUGGUUGAUAUCAAAGGAACAGAGCUUGAAUAUACUCGUACACUUCAAUUUCUCUGUUCGAUUGAUCUUUCAGGAAAUAGUUUUGUUGGAAGCAUUCCAAAAGAGCUAUUUAAUCUUUCAAGUGUACAAAACUUGAAUUUAUCAAGGAACAAGUUAGAUGGGCAUAUCCCUUGGAACAUUGACAACUUGAAAUCGCUCGAAUCACUUGAUUUAUCUAAAAAUAAUCUUUCUGGCUCUAUUCCUCUUAGCAUUUCCAAUCUGAACUUUUUGAGUCAUUUAAACUUGUCGUUCAAUAACUUAUAUGGCCGAAUUCCUUCGGGAAAUCAACUCCAGACUUUGGAUGAUAGAUCCAUCUACAUCGGCAAUAGUGGACUUUGUGGUCCUCCGCUGGAAGGUUGUCCAGGGGAUGGAGGUAAAUUGCCUACAGGUCAUGAACAAGCUGGAAAUACGAGGAAAGACAAUAUUGAAAUGCCAUGGUUCUACAGUGGUUUGGGAAUGGGUUUCUUGACAGGAUAUGUUGGAGUUUGUAGCAUUUUGUAUUUCAAGAAGUCAUGGAGGUAUGCAUUUUUUCAGUUAGUUGACAGAAUCUACAACAAGCUUUGGGUAGCUAUUGCAAUUAAGGCAAAUCAACUACGGAGUAUGUUUCAAAGAAUCAAAUUUGAACAAAAUGCAUAACAAGGUCAGUUUCUCUGUCU